AGGGCGGGGUGUCGUUCCCUUUCGCUGAUGCAAGAGCCUAGUGCGGUGGUGGGAGAAGUGUCGGCCGGAGCAACGCUGCCACUGGGGCCUGGGGCUGACCCGUCCGACUUCCCGUCUGUGCCGAGCCCACUCGAGCUGCCGCCAUGUCCGGGGAUGAGAUGAUUUUUGAUCCUACUAUGAGCAAGAAGAAAAAGAAGAAGAAGAAGCCUUUUAUGUUAGAUGAGGAAGGGGAUGCCCAGACAGAAGAAACCCAGCCCUCAGAAACAAAAGAAGUAGAACCAGAGCCCACUGAGGACAGAGAUGUAGAAGCCGAUGAAGAGGACAGUAGGAAAAAAGAUGCUUCUGAUGAUUUAGAUGACUUGAACUUCUUUAAUCAGAAGAAAAAGAAGAAAAAAACAAAAAAGAUAUUUGAUAUUGAUGAAGCUGAAGAAGGUGUAAAGGAUCUUAAGAUUGAAAGUGACAUCCAAGAAGCAGCUGAACCAGAGGAUGACCUUGACAUUAUGCUUGGCAAUAAAAAGAAGAAAAAGAAGAAUGUUAAGUUCCCAGAUGAGGAUGAAAUACUAGAGAAAGAUGAAGCUUUAGAAGAUGAAGACAGCAAAAAAGAUGAUGGUAUCUCCUUCAGUAACCAGACAGGACCUGCUUGGGCAGGCUCAGAAAGAGACUACACAUAUGAGGAGCUAUUGAAUCGAGUAUUCAACAUCAUGAGGGAAAAGAAUCCAGAUAUGGUUGCUGGAGAGAAAAGGAAAUUUGUCAUGAAACCUCCACAGGUUGUCCGAGUAGGAACAAAGAAAACCUCUUUUGUCAACUUUACAGAUAUCUGUAAACUAUUACAUCGUCAGCCCAAACAUCUCCUUGCAUUUUUAUUGGCUGAAUUGGGUACAAGUGGUUCUAUAGAUGGUAAUAAUCAACUUGUAAUCAAAGGAAGAUUCCAACAGAAACAGAUAGAAAAUGUUUUGAGAAGAUAUAUCAAGGAAUACGUUACCUGUCACACAUGCCGAUCACCGGACACAAUCCUGCAAAAGGACACCCGACUCUAUUUCUUACAGUGCGAAACUUGUCAUUCUCGAUGCUCUGUUGCCAGCAUCAAGACCGGCUUCCAGGCUGUCACAGGCAAGCGAGCACAGCUCCGUGCCAAAGCUAACUAAUUGGCUAACCACCACUGAUUUUCCAAGUGUGUUGUGGAGAUUUGGCUGGACAGGUUUACCAUCAAAGUGGAUAUAUCAUUGUAUUAAAUACAAGAUAGAAAAGCUGCCAAGUUUUUUGGCUUGUGGCUGGUUGGUCUGAAAUCUUUGCAAGAUGCCGAUGCUCAAGCUGUUGACCUACUCAUUGCCUACUUUAACAACUGUCAGAAAAACAUGAUGGGGUAAGGCGGUGCUUUUUUAAAAUCGUUCAUAGACUUAUGUAAAAUGCAAGAUAAAUUAAAGUUAUUAUAACAGUGA